AUGAUCGCAUACUUGUCAGCUAAAGGUAUCACCAAUAGUGGCCUGUUCUUGCACUACUUCAAGGACAACUCUAAGAUACAGGCUUUCUUCGAUCCGCUGAGGACAGGUUACGACAUAGCCGGCAAUGUCCUGAAACGGAGCGACGAUGAGAGGCUGAUUCUCGAAGCGGCCACUAAGGUAGCUCUUGAUGAGCUAACAGUCAAACACGCGGCCAUGAUGGCCCACGCUUCGACGACCCCGUCAGGCACCACAGGCACAUCAGGCGCAGUCGCAACAGCAUCGGACCCGUCAGACAAGAUCCCGAAGACGUUGCCCAAAAACUAUUGGGCAGAAUACGUGAAGGACUUUGAGUCCGUCGUGCUGUUAGGCCGCAACAGGGAAUUUCCCUCCCAUCUCCUGUUAGGUACCUUCACCAAGGCCAUGCGGCAGGUCCCCGAGCCUCAGAAGCUUGUUACCCUGUUAGAUGCCAUCGACGCGAUAAAGUGGGCCCUCAUGUUCGCAAGGUGGUGCGACGAGCACGACGCGACCAUCUGGUCAGAGUUCUGGCAAAACAUGUGCAGGGACUACCCUAACCGGUUCCCCCAAGUUAGAGCCUUCUUUGACAAAGCCUUUCUCCACGUAACCCUGCAGAUGCGAGCCGGUAAGUCCUUCAAAGAAGCAUCCGGCGAGGCGAUGAGCUGGCCGAAACAAGACGAGCUCAAUCGCCCCGUCCCGUUCGAGGUUGGCGAGCACAAGAAGGUUAAGGGAGACCCAGGUUUUAAAGGCGAUUCUAAAGGUUUCAGGGGCCAGUUCGGGGAGAAGGGUUCCGAGUCAGGCAAAGGGAAGACCUUUCAGCAACGCCAGUGGCUUCAGAACCAGCCGUACAGGACAGAGUUUCAACACAGCCCCGCAGUUCCCGCCAGUCGCGCCCCGAGCACCCUUCUCCACGCCACAGAGGUUCAGGAGAGCAGGCAGCGUAGCCCAGUUCGCAACAGCCCGUUCUCCCACAGCUCAAAACAGCUGACGCGCCUUUCACGGCCAGCUCGCCUGCACGUCAAGCACUGGGGUGACGCACUCGCCUCCGACGCAUCCCAGGUCGCACAAUACCUCCACCAGCAGUGCCCUGACGACACGUUAGUCGUCAUUUGCUCCAGUCCGCCGUGCACCGACUUCAGUCAGAUCAGAUCCUCACAACCGGGCUUGAAGGGGACCGAAGGUUGCAAAUUCCGAAAGUGGGUCCAGUGGUUCAAAACCUUCCGGUCAGUCCUCAAGAGACAGUACGUUUUCCUGCUUGAGAACGUCGUCCCUUCGGCUUCGACUCACGCCGAACUUGACCAGUUAGUGGGCGUGCCCUCGUUCGUCAUCGACGCGUCGUCCUGGAGCUUGAUCUCUAGACCUAGACUCUGGUGGACGAACACAGACGCUAAGUACAGCCGGCCCCUCAGCAAACAGCAGUUUCGUUCCUUCAACAAGGAAAUCUCCAAGGAACAGCAUAAAGACAGGUUCCAAGGCCCGUUCGAAGCAAGCCAGGUAGCUUCCGACGAGGACGCCUUCGCUGCACGGGCUUUUGCAGUAGUGCAACAGGACAAAGUUAGGAGGGCAGACGACUGGAGACGAUCCGGUCACAACAGUACCGUUUUUGUCAAGGAUACCCCCCCGUACGCUGGCACCCAAACGGUGCUGAACCUUGUCCAGGCAGCAGCGGAUAUAGGGGACCCGACCCUGGCAGCUUUGGACCACGACGGAGCGUACAGGGCUCUCCCAGUUAGAGACCCUAAGGAGUGCUUCGUGUUCGUUCCUAGCCAAGACGAACCGAGUGUCUUUCAGCACCUGGUCCUCCCGUUCGGGGGUACGGGGAGCGUGUGGAGCUACCUUCGGGUGGCCGACGUCAUCUGUUUUCUGACAAUCACCCUAGCUUUCAUCCCGGCAGCCCACUUCGUAGAUGACUACUUCUACUCAGAGUGGUGUGGUCAAUCCUUGACCACUGCGUCACAGCUGGGCCGAGAAGCAGCACACUUGGCGGGUAAGCUGAACUUCGUGUGCUCAUGGGUCUUCGGAGGUAGACCACACCUCCUGUACGCAGACGCCUUUGUCACUUUGGCAGGCAACCGUCAGGCCGCCACCAGGACGCGUGUGCCAGUCAGCAUCCUCGGCAAAGUUGCCACAACCAAGGCUUUCAUCUUCUGGUUGGAAGCUCUGGCACAGUUGUUUCCCCAGUUCGAAGACAUUUGGGAGCAGCUGUUGGAGCUCACCUACACGUCAGUAAAGCCCCACGCGGCCCUGUUCGACGAACUGGUCAACCAGCUCGCGUU